GUCAAUCGGCUUCUAUCUACUCGAGGCAAGUCCUCUGAUGAGGUGCAACUCCUGUCUAUGAGAUGGCUCUUGCGGAUGAUCCUAGCGCCCUCCCAAGAAACCGAGGCAUUCGUCUACGUCACCCGAUGCCUGCUCACUCUAGAGUCGCCGGUCUUUGCUGGGGUUGCUGCCGCUAUCACUUCGAAGAAUACGGCACUGUCCGAGACCGCUGUCGAGCUCAUUGCGGCUUGUCUUGAGCGAGACCCCCGUAAUGUACCAGAAUGUGUCCUCGCGCAUAAGCAG